AUGUGGCUGGCGCCCAACCUGAUCACCCUGCUUGGCCUCUUUGCGCUGCUGCUAUCCUACGUCGUGGCUGCGGUGCACCUGCCCGAGUUUGCCGGCACCGCGCCGCUCUGGCUCUACUUCUCCAGCGCCUUUGCCGUCUUCUUCUACCUCCACAUGGACUGCCUGGACGGCAAGCAGGCGCGACGCACCAAGAACAGCUCGCCCCUGGGGCAGCUGUUCGACCACGGCUGCGACGCGCUGGCUGUGCACCUGGUGCUGAUGAACGUGGCCUGCUCCCUCAACGUGCCCAUGGGCUGGCGCAUGAUCUCUGGCACUUACUGUGUGAUGGUGCCCUGGAUUAUGGCGCACUGGGAGGAAUACCACACAGGCACCAUGGUGUAUGGCAACGGGUACAUGGGCGUGACAGAGGCAAACUAUUCGGUGGUGAUGAUGCACCUCAUCACCUGCGCCAUCAGGCAAGCAGCAUUGCUCGGUGACUUGUUGCCUGGGCCGCAGACGUGGCUGGUGCACCCUUUUGCAGCGCUCAUGAGCAGCAGCGUGGCGCAGGCGCUGCUGCCGGGCUUUGUGACCAAGCUGGUAUCACAGAUUCAGCUCAACGACCUUGCGGUGCUGUGGAUUUCCUCCAUGGCGGUGAUGCUGCUGUGCCAGCAGGUGGAGCGCGUGUUCAGGCUGUCGGGCACCCAGCAGCUGGAGCACACCACGCUGCCCAAGCGGGAGCAGGGGCACAAGCAGCUGGGCAAGCAGCACGCGGCAUCGCACCUGCUGCAGCUUCUACUGAUGUUCGCGCUGGGCGGCAUGCUGCUCAUGCUGCCGCACCCUGCGCCCGGCCAGGGGAGGGUGGUGAUGGGCACGUUUGGGGUCAUCUAUGCAAUGCAGGCCACCAAGCUGAUCAUGGCUCACAUGUCCAAGGAGCCGUUUGAGGUCGCCGCCUGGCCGCUGGUGGCCAUGGCAGCGCAGAUUGCCAACCACUUCCUGGGGUGGCUGGACCCAGUGCUGCUGGGCUACAGCGUGAAUGCGGUGGUGGUGGCGGGUUACCUGCACUACGUGAUCAGCAUGAUCAACGAAAUCUGCGCCUUCCUCAAGAUCCCUUGCCUGACCGUCCGCAAGGGGCCCUUUGCUAACUCUCCCCCGACCACUCCAAAUCAAAGACACACCAUGGCUGCUAAGAUUAAGCGGGCGCUGAGGGUCUGGAACAGCGUCGAGGAUUUUCAGGAGGGUGAGGAGUGGCAGGAGGCCCUGGAUGCGCUGGAGUCUGUGACCGGCCAGGUGUCUGGCGACCCCAAGGGAUUUGACCUGACCGGAGACGGCGAGCGCUGGGAGGCGGCGGGCGGCGACGAGAUCAGCGAGGCCGCCGAGUUCCCCACAGUUCUGUACGAGAAGUGGGUGGAGGUGCUGGGCCAGGCGGCCGAAAACCUGGAGUGGGAGCCCGCGCAGUGGGAGGCGCUGUGGAAGAAUCUGCAGAAGUGGGGGCGCGCCCUGACCCGCGCCGGCCUCGACUUUGGCUCCGACACCGGCAUGGCCGAGCUGCAGGACAUCAUCGAGACGUACGCCAGCGGCGCGCCCAAGCAGCGCAAGCGCAAGGCGCCGGUGGAGGAGCCGGCGGAGGAGGCCGAGGAGGAGGAGCCUGGGGCCAAGAAGGCAAAGGACAACGAGUGAGGCGGAGGCCGCAGCUGGGAGUCUGCCAGGCGCUGCCCGGUGCUAUGCCAGGCGCUGCCCGCUGCGGCCUGGCGCCCAGCACCCUUCCCCGCACAAGGCCGGCGGCAGGCCCGCACAAACGCUGGGCGGUUGAGUCAUUGAACUGUCCGUUGUUUGCUCUGGCUGGCAGCAACACUGUUGCACUGGAGCCCCGUUGCCUUCUGAAUUCAACUCUCUUGACACGAUGCCCACACCAUACCGCUGACACUGCCCACGCUCACGGGCUCUGACUGAAAACACCGCCCAUGCCUUCUGGCAUUCAUGUGACCAGACACUUUGCUGCUGCACUUUCGCUGUUUUGUUGCAAGCCUCGUUUCCAUUUAAACACACAUUUGGGG